AUGGGGGUGCGGUCUCUGCGGGAGCAGUGCCGCCGGAGGGCCCAACAUGGCGAACUGUUCAAUGCUGAUGCAAAGUGUUUUGCGGGUGGAACUGAAGAAAGGUGCUUUGGGUGUCAGAUCAUCAGAUCACACAACAAGUUCAUGCUGCAGGCCUGCGGAGGCUUAGGUAAGGUUCGCGAUCUUGCGUUUCACGCGACUGCCAGAGCGAUGACCCUUCCAAGGCUCACUGAAACUGCCCUUCCAGGUGGGGGCGCCGGGUUCAGGAGCACGGUGGAGAUUGCCUGCAAGCAAAGACAGCGGCUAGGAAUCACAACUGUCAGUUGCAAGUUCUACUCUUGGAGUUAA